AGGACCUUUGGAAGAGCAGUCAGUGCUCUUAACCAUUGAACCAUCAUCUCUCCAGCCCACACCCCUCAUAUUUCGUCCUUGCCCCAAAGCUAUGGAGUGAGUCGUCACCAGAAUAUAAAAAGGUGUCUUAAGCGGUUGUCCCAGCACUGAGCAGCUGGUGGGUGAUGGAGCGGGGACUUGGGCCAGAAGGAACUCCCACCUCUGGGGAAGUAGAUUUAGAAGGAUCCACUUUCCAGAUGAGGAAAAGAGCUGAGAAAAAGGAGAGUUGCCCAGCCGCCACGUGAGUCUCUGGGGAGACCCUCCCCGGCUGGUGGCUGGUGCUCCUGAGCCCGAAGCCCAGAGGGGUGCAUGCUCGAGUGUGGGUUCCUAUGAAUAAUUGAGGUUCCUAGAGGGCCCCACAGCUGUCCCCUCGCCCCGAGCCGAGGAGGGGGCGGUGGUGACGUAAUUUCCUCCCCAGCGGGGCCACUACACCUGGGUUAUAAGGCGCUGGCACUGGCUGUCUGCCUGGCAGAGAGGCCCCGGUCCGGACUCCCCACCAUGCGGCUCCGUGCACCCACCUCUGCAGCGCUGCUGCUGCUCCCUCUGCCCCCACUGCUGGCGCUGCUGCUGGGGACUGCCUCCUCAGCUCCCCUGAUGCCCAGACCCUCCAAGGAGGAGCUAACCCGCUGUCUAACAGAGGUGGUCAUGGAGGUGCUGACCCUGGGCCAGGCCCAGAGAAGCCCCUGCACAGCUCUGCUCCACAAAGAGAUAUUGGAGACAGAGCCCCGUGGCUGUGUACCCCCUGAGGAGGAGAGGCUGCUCGCUGGGGACUUCGACAAGAAGGAGUCCGGAAAGGUGAGGUCCAGCCAGGAGAUAAGGGAUGAGGAAGAGGAGGAAGAAGCAGAGAGGACCCACAAGUCUGAGGUGCGGGAACAGGCGGUCCACACGCAGCUUCACCAGGAGGAGGAGAAAGAGGAGGAAAGGGAGGAAGAGAAGGGCGUUCCAGGGAAGAUCUCUGAGCAUGUGUGGAAGCAACACCUCGAGGGCACCAGAGGCCUCCAGAAGCGGGUGGCUGAGAAAGCCAGUGAUGAGGAGACCGCCCGGUUUCAGGCAGAGGAGAAGGGCUUACAGCUGCUGGGUGGAGGCCGAAAUCUGCGGCAGGAGCCUGAGAGGGUCGGAAGAGAGAGGCACGAAGAGUCCUCAAAGCAUCGUCACCUCCCGGAGCAGCCGGGGACCAAGGCCAAGCAGGAGGAAGAGGCAGAGGAGGAAGAGGCUUUAGAGCAGGAGGAGCACGAUGUGGAGCGGCUGGAGCGCAUGCAGGAGCAGCUAAAGAAGGCUACUGCCAUGCUAGGGGAGGCUCUGGGGAGGGAAGGCUGAUCCACUCCACUCCGUCCCCACACUCUGA